AACAAAACGUGAGCGCCCCCCUACUGGCACGGCUUGGUCCUAACACACACGCAGCUUUGAUACCCACAGCGUUGGGAGUAAGCGGUGGGGCUGGUGUCGGUGAAAGCAGGGCUGGGUCGUCAUCCUCCCACAUUCAUUGUGUUUCCGUGUCUUGCAGUGGUCCUUCGGUUCCUCCCAACUUCUAACACGGCAUCCUGUUUAAUCGAGGCUCGAACGCUCUCGACACUCCGCAAACAAAGAAGUUUUCGGGCCCACCGCCGCGAGAGGGUAAAGCGAUGACCAUUCCCUCUUGGAAUGUCUUUUUCCUAUAUUUCGUGUUUUUAUCGUUGAUAUCCCACAUACAUGGAGCGCCAGCGGCAGGACGGUUCACCAUUAGUCGCUGGCCAAACGAUACCUUUACGAAGACGAAAUCCUUCCCCAGACCUUGACAUACACCAGCGUGGCCAAAUUGCGAAAUUCCAGAGAGAUGUAGUUCUUGCCAGAUACUUCGGAGGAGGGCGACCUACGCGCCGGAGCUCAGGCGACAAUCUCCUUGUCAACCAAGCCUACGAUUCUGGAUAUUAUGGUACAUUAGCCAUCGGGUCGCCAUCAGUGUCAUUUGACGUGCUCCUCGACACGGGGUCAUCCGAUUUAUGGGUGGCUGGAACCUCAUGUGGCGCUGUGUGCAAUGGCCUCCCAUUGUACGACUCAUCAGCUUCCUCAAGUUUCAAGAAUACUUCUCAGUCAUUCAAAAUAACAUAUGGUCAAGGGGAAGCUUCUGGCUAUGUUGCAACGGAGACCAUCGAGAUGGCAGGGUUCUCCGUUUUUAAUCAAGGUUUUGCUGUCAUAGAUGAGAUGUCUUCGGGAUUCCUAUCAGCACCAGCCUCCGGACUGCUCGGUCUUGCUUGGGAAACGCUUGCUUUGUCCCAGCAAAUGCCAUUCUGGCAGACUCUAGCUAGCAGUGGUACUUGGGACUCACCGUUAUUUGCGGUACAAUUUACCAGAUAUACCAACGAUACCCAAGCACAGGCUCUAGAGCCCGGAGGAGUAUUGAACUUGGGUUAUACCAACAGCAGCUUAUACACUGGUUCGAUAGAGUAUAUCGACAUACCCUCUCAGCCCUCUUUCUGGUAUAUCACCCUGACAUCGGUGACCGUACAGGGAGGUUCCGUCCCCCUGAGCACUAAUGCCAUAGCUGCCAUCGAUACAGGGACCAGCAAUAUAGGUGCUCCGUCAAGUGCCAUGGAGGCUAUCUACGCACAGAUACCCGGUUCGAAGCCUGCCUCUGGUUCCUGGGCUGGGUACUACCAGUUCCCCUGUUCUACUUCUGUAAAUGUCACGUUCUCUUUCGGCGGGUCGACGUGGGCCAUGGCACCUGCCGAUUUUUCAUAUGCCCAAGUCGGCGGCUCCCAGUGCAUCGGGGCCUUUUUCGAAACCACGGGAAAUAAUCCAUCCUGGAUACUUGGAGAUGCUUUCUUGAAAAAUGUGUAUACAGUCUUCCGCUACAACCCGCCGGCGGUUGGAUUUGCUGCGCUCUCGGACGUUGCAUUGGGCGAGAACGGCUUAAAUGGUGUCCCAGUGCCCAGCCCGACGAUUGGUUCUGCAACGGCAGCAGUGACGGGGAAUGCUGCCUCCGCUACGCUUCGAUUUACUCCGGCUUUGAUAGGAAUGGGUGUCGCCUUCAGCCUCUUGCAUAUAUCAUUGGUGUAGAAAGCGUUAACGACCCUGGACGUAUGUGGACGACAACUGGAUGCUCUUUCUUUUAACCACGCCUUCAUGGAUACCUCUGCCUUCUGAACACGACUAGUUGACUAUGUAAUUACUACUUGGUGCGGGGACGGACGACAUAAAUGUGUACAGCACACUACCUCUGGGUUUGGACUU